AUGGCUACUAGAACCCAGUUUGAAAACUCAAACGAGAUCGGAGUCUUCUCAAAGCUCACCAAUACCUACUGUCUCGUCGCAGUCGGGGGUUCCGAGAACUUCUACUCCGCCUUCGAGGCAGAACUAGGAGAUGCCAUCCCCAUAGCACACACCACGAUCGCCGGUACCCGGAUCAUCGGCCGCAUGACGGCGGGCAACCGCCGAGGCCUGCUGGUCCCCACCCAGACCACCGACCAAGAACUCCAGCAUCUAAGAAACUCGCUCCCAGAUACCGUCAAGAUCCAGCGAGUCGAGGAAAGACUAAGCGCUCUGGGUAACGUCAUCUGCUGCAACGACUACGUGGCGCUAGUACACCCGGACAUCGACCGCGAAACGGAAGAACUCAUCGCAGACGUGCUCGGCGUCGAAGUGUUCCGCCAGACCAUCUCCGGGAACAUCCUCGUCGGCUCGUACUGUGCACUAAGCAACCAGGGCGGUCUUGUCCACCCACAAACCUCAAUCCAGGACCAGGAAGAACUCUCCUCGCUGCUCCAGGUGCCCCUGGUCGCGGGUACCGUGAACCGCGGUAGCGCUGUCGUCGGCGCCGGCAUCGUCGUCAACGACUACCUCGCCGUCACGGGACUCGACACCACCGCCCCAGAACUCAGCGUCAUCGAGAGCAUCUUCCGUCUGAAUGACGCGCGUCCCGAGGCGAUUGCGGGUAACCUGCGCGACACGCUUAUCGAAACUUACUCGUGA